AGCUUUCUUCUUUCGUACGAUAUUCCAUUGAUCCAAUUCGAAACAAUCAAAAACAUUUCUCUCCCUUUUCUCCGGAUUUCGAAUUUGUAUUUGAUUCCUUUCUCCUUUUCCCCAUAUUCCUCUUUCAAACAUAUAUAUAUAAACCCUAGUUUUGACUCUCAAGUUUCUCAAUUUCAUCACAAAUACCCAAUUCAUUUCCCAGAAGAAAACCCUAAAUUUCGUAUUUUUCCAAUUGGGUUUUCGAUUCCCGGUGAUGAGGAUUUAUCUGAUUGUCCUCGUGCUGGUUUCUGUAUUUUCCUCGGCGUUCGCCGAAGAUUCGAUUCUCAAGUACCCUUCUGAAAUCGAGAACAUGCACAAGAGAGCUGCCGAUGAAGAUGUUGAUUUGCAUUGCACGACCUGGAGAUUCGCGGCGGAGAUGAACAAUCUCGCCCCCUGGAAAACGAUUCCGGUGGAGUGCGCCGAUUACGUGAAGAACUACGUCAUGGGUAAAGGCUACGCCACCGAUCUGGAGAGAGUCUCUGAGGAAGCUUUCAUCUUUGCGAGCAGCGUCGAAUUCUCCGGCGAUGGCAAAGAUAUUUGGGUUUUCGAUAUCGAUGAGACUCUCUUGUCUAAUCUUCCUUAUUACAUUGACCAUGGCUUUGGGUUGGAGCUUUUUGAUCACUCGGAGUUUGACAAAUGGGUAGAGAGAGGAGUGGCACCGGCUAUAGCACCAAGCUUGAAGCUUUACCAAAGAGUAAUAGAUUUGGGAUACAAAGUUUUCUUGCUUACAGGGAGAAAAGAGAGUCACAGGCUUGUUACUGUUGAAAACCUCAUCAAUGCUGGUUUCCAGAACUGGGACAAGCUUAUCCUCAGAUCUCCAGAGGAACAGCACAAAAUGGCGACACUAUACAAAUCUGAGAAGAGAGAUGAGAUGGUGAAAGAGGGAUACAGGAUUAGAGGCAAUUCAGGUGAUCAAUGGAGUGAUUUGUUGGGUACCUCCAUGUCACAACGAUCCUUCAAACUUGCUAAUCCUAUGUACUAUAUCCCUUGAAGAGAGUGAAGACAAAGAGAGCUUUCUUGGACUACCUAUAAAACAUUACGAAAAUCGUAUAUAGACUUACUAGAGCAAUCAAAGUGUUUUUAAAGUUGGAUUGCUUUCGCUUGUAAAUUGUCGAGCAAUUAAAUGUACUAAUAACAGAGAAUGCUCUGUUUUAUUGACUUGUUUCCAUCAAAAUAAGAAGAUACAUAAUUACA